CCACUCCAUUACCACAGUGCCAUUACCUGAGCUGAGACACCUGUCUGUGCUUUGAUCUGUAAUCGUUCCGUACUGAACUGCAUCGGACAGGAACCGUUACUCUGCAUGCUCAGAACCGCUCGGCCCGAUGGGAAAGCAGCUGAUGUGAUUUGUGUGUUUGUGUCAGAGUCUGGAGGAGACAUGGACGUGGUUGUGACGUCAGAUAAGGAGGUGAAGGUGGCCGCGGUGCGGGACGCGUUUCAGGAGGUGUUUGGUUUGGCCAUGGUGACAGGAGAGGCCGAUCAGUCCAACAUCGCCCCGCAGCCGCUGGGAUACGCCGCAGGGGUCAAGGGAGCUCAGGAGCGCAUUGACAGUCUGCGGCGUGCCGCUGUCAAAGUGUGCAUAUGA